AUGAGUAAACCCGAGUUCAUCUGCAAAUACCACGAACAAUACAAAGACAAUCGAAACUGUCAAAAGAUUCUUGAUGAAUCCGAAAAAGAAUAUUCAUCAGAUUAUUCCUUGAGAUGGUACACAAGAGAAACCUUUCUCUAUCGAUCAUUAAACCGAGCAUUACGAGUUCAAGAUAUUGACACAUUGUUUCUCUUUCGUUUCUUCAUUCACGAUCGCGAUAAGCAACUUGGCCGAUGGCGACACUCUUCACAUGUCCAAGUCUAUCGUGGUCAACUGAUGUCAACAGAAGAAUUGACUGUUUUGAAGAAAUCUAAAGGAAAAUUCGUUUCAAUCAACUCAUUCUUUUCCAUCAGUUCCAAUCGUGAUAUGGCACUUUCAUAUCUUGGAAGUCACGAUGCUCAUCAAUUAGUACAUCGAAUUCUGUUCGAAAUCGAUGCCGAUCCUACUAAAGCUAAUGUCAAGCCAUUUGUUGAUCUAUCGAGUAUACGUUAUUUUCCCGAAGAUCAUUUUCUCAUGGUGAUAGGUUCGAUCUCCUGUAUUCAGAAAGUGUAUCUUGAUGAGAAUCAGAUUUGGUUCAUUGAGAUGAUUCUGUGUGGAAACAAUGAUGGGGAUUUACAAGACAUGCUUUCUCACAUGGAUCAGCAAUAUCAUCAAAAGAAUAUGGGAUUGACAUGGGAAACUUCGAUGAUGCAGGAAAAUACUUAUGUCGAUUGUUAA